GCUACAUAAAAACAACAGCAAUUGAAUGCUUAUAACAUGCAAAACACGACUCCUACUCUCGAACAGCUUCAGGAUCCUCUCAAUUCCAAUCGUUCGUAGCAUUGCACCAAUCCAACGCCUCAACACCAUGGCGGCCAACAAAAAAGCCCGCACCGACCCACCUUACGAGCUCCUCUACUGGCCUGGCAUCCCAGGACGUGGCGAGUUCAUUCGUCUGGCCUUCGAAGCUGCAGGUGUAUCCUACAAAGACACAGCCAACGAGUCUGAGGAUGGCGUCAAAGCAGUAAUCUCCCUCAUCGACUCCUCUUCGACCGGCACCGACGGCAACCCACCCCCCUUCGCACCACCCGCGCUACGCAUUCCCGGCGAAGGCCCCGACGGCAAACCGCUCCUAAUCUACCAAACACCCUCGAUCCUCUCCUACCUUGGCCCCAAGCUCGGCCUCGCAGGCACCAAUGAAGCAGAGCAGCAAUGGAUCCUCUCGCACACGCUCACAGCGCUGGAUCUCAGCAACGAAGCACACGAGACGCACCACCCCAUCGCAGUCGCGAAAACCUAUGAGGAACAGAAGGAGGAGAGUUUGAAGAAGGCGACGGACGUUAGGGAAGCUAGGAUCCCGAAAUUCUUGGGCUUCUUUGAGAGGGUACUGAAGGGGAAUGAAGAGAAAGGGAAGGGGAAGUAUUUGGUGGGUGAUAAGCUGAGUUAUGCGGAUACGACGCUGUGGCAUGUGUUGAGUGGGCUGCUGUUUGCAUUUCCUAAGGAGAUAGAGGCCAGGAAGGGGGGGUUUGAACUGUUGUUUGGAACGUUUUAUGAGAGUGUGAAGGAGGCGAGUGGGGUGAAGGAGUAUCUGGCGAGUGGAAGGAGGAAGCCGUUUAGUAUGGGUAUGUUCAGGUAUUAUCCCGAGCUGGACCGUCAGUAGAGAAGAUGCUCUGGGAGAUGAUCGAAACGAAAGACACUAGAAAGGACAGUGACCAUCACAGAAAAGAAAUCAAUUGCAG